AUGGAGGCUGCACUCACUCACUCACUUUCUCAGUGGUAUCGUAUCCCUCUAAGAUCAUCAGUUUUAAUUCCACCAGAGACUUCAUCAUCCUCAUCAUCUUAUCUCGGCAUCAUCAUCGCUAUCGCUGCCAUGGUUCUAGUACAAGACGCAUCUGGCUCUCGAGCCGCAAAGCUCAUCAAGACCUUCUGGGCCGUCAUCAAAGGCGAACAGCAAAUCAUCAAUGCACACUCCGCAAAGUUAUUUGCACAAGCUUGUGAGAUCUACAGGAGCAAGAACUCGCCUGUCAAAUUUGUUGAGGUCUUGAUCUCGAACCCUGCCGGCAUCGCGGCGUUGGAGAGAGUAGUCCGCGUCGACUUGACUUUUAGCUUCAUAAACACCACUGCCUUGCCGUUUCUCCUAACGCUAUCGGAUGAGGGCGUCGCUUCUCUCAGUAAUGGUGGAUUCCUUCGCCAGAUGCUGACGGCUAUUCUGGAGCCGGUGACCUUUUGGACUGCUGCACUGGGCGCUUACCAUAAUGACAAACUCGACAAUGUCGGGCUUGAGGCAUUUGCCUGGCUGUGCCUACAGAUUGUCUCUGAUCAAACGAGCUUUGGUAUCCAUAAACAAGCAGUCAAAGAAUUGAUGGACAGCAAGUCUCUUCUCAAAUCGCAGUCGCCCGAGGUGAGAAAGACCGCAUACCGCAUCGACAAGAUCAUCAAGAUCUUUGCCCAACCCGAAAUUGCAUCCAACGGAGUCACUCCUGGAGGACGUCACGACAAUGAUCAUGCCAGCUUUCGCGAUAUCUCAAUUUAUCCGACCUCUGACGAACUUCUGUCGACCGAUCCUCCGUAUCUCCAGCGACUGGGGGAGGUUUUUGAUACGCCAAUGGAGACCCGAAGUCAGAGCUACCGCGACUGGCUCUUCCGUCUCCUUCGCGAGGACAUGCUCUCUGAGCUUCGCGAAGAUCUCCAAGUCGCGAUGAGUCAGAAGAAGGGCAAGCGCCGUCCUGUUGCUUUGGCGCAGUUGAGACUGGUUGGCAUCAAUACCGACCAUGACAUUGAGACCAAGCACAUCCCGCCAUAUGCUCUCUACGUCGCGUGCCAGCAGGGCAUUGAUUUUCCGCCUAAAGUAUCAAAAAGCGGGAAGAAGGCGUUUAUAGAAGAGUCCAAGAAUUUUAUGAAACAAGAUUCUUUCGGUGCGCUCUGUUGCAACGGCUCCAUUAUCGCAUUCGGGUCGCUUGUCAGAGACGUCGCCAAUCUCCUCAAGACACCACCCAUCAUCGGUAUCAAGUUUAGCGAUGGCUCAGGUCUCGAGAAGGCGAUAGCAGCCCUCCAAGGCCCUUUCAAGGAUAAAGUCAAGUUCUUUAUCGUAGACACGGCUACCUUUGCCUAUGAGCCGAUUCUCCAGCGAUUGAAGACCAUCGCCGAGUUCCCACUCGAAGCUCAAUUGAUCGAUGCGGAGCAACCUGCUCAGGAUGGACCGAGAUCAGCGUCAUUGGACGCCCUGCCACAUCAGCUCCGUGCUGCUUUGGACUCGGGGCGUAAAAUCAAGAUGCCUCCGGGUUUGAAGCUGAAAAAAGACAUCUAUUUAGAGGGCGCUCAGCUGAGAUCGUUCAUUCAUGGCAUCAGCAGCAACCUGGCUCUCAUUCAAGGCCCACCUGGUACAGGAAAGUCAUUCUUGGGCGCACUCAUUCUCUUGACUAUCCUACGAUUGAGCAAGUCGCGUAUCCUUGUUCUGAGCUAUACGAACCACGCCCUUGACCAGUUUUUGGAGGAUCUGAUGGACAUUGGCAUCAGCUCAGAUCAAAUGGUUCGUCUGGGCUCCAAGUUUACUGAAGCCACCAAACCCACUCUUCUGAGAGAAUACGACGGUCAAAAGAGGUAUUGGUUGAAGCCGGAGGAGAGAACUAUCCUCAAUUCACUUCGCGUCAAUGAAACAAAUCUCAGCGCGGAGCUUCAAGAAUGCAGCAGAAAGCUCGCUGCACGAGAGGCCCAUCCGGCCGAUAUCCUGGAACACCUGGAGCUUUCCGAAAAUUUCAGCAUCGCAUGGGAAGCUUUUCAGGUGCCAGAAGAUGAUGGAUUUAAGAUGGUAGGUUCGGAUGGUAAAGCAAUUGAACCGGCCGGUGUUUACCAGUUUUGGCUGGACGGCGGUGAUGUCAAUCAUCUCGGACACCUCAGCGCAUCUCUCGACCUGAGAGCCCGGACCGUCUGGAAUGCGCCGCUCGCUGUAAGAAAGCAAUGUCAUUAUGAAUGGUCUCAAAUGGUUCGUGAGGAACAGAGCGCCCGUUUCGUUGAACUGAGCCAGCAAUUCAGUGAUGUGAGAACCGAGAUCAAGAGUAUCCGUGACGAGUGCGGACGAAAAGUUCUCCAGGAUAAACAAAUCAUCGCAUGCACAACAACCGCGGCAGCAAUGUACCAGUCAAUCAUUGAAACCGCCAGUCCCGACGUCAUUUUGGUUGAAGAAGCGGGAGAGAUCCUUGAAGCGCAUAUUAUUACAGCCAUGAGUGCUUCAGUCAAGCAACUCAUCUUAAUCGGAGAUCACAAGCAGCUCAGGCCAAAGAUCGGUAACUAUUUGUUGACAAAGGAAAAAGGCGAAGGCUACGAUCUGAACGUAUCGCUCUUUGAGAGACUUGUUAUACAGGGUCGCCAUUUCACAGCUCUUGAAGAGCAGCACCGCAGUCAUCCAGAUAUCUCACAAUACCCUCGCAUGCUAGCUUAUCCCGAACUAAAGGACAUGCCAUCAACUUCCGACCGUCAGCCGAUCCGAGGAUUGAAGAGUCGGGUGACAUUUGUUCAUCACGAACGACCGGAGGAUACCGUGGACGAUGUCGCUGAGCGCCGGGACCCCACUGCCAAAGCCAGUAAGAGGAACCUCCACGAGGCUAUGAUGGUUCUCCGAAUGGUGCGGUACUUAUCGCAAAAUGGAUACAAGACCGAGAACAUGGUUGUUCUCACGCCAUAUCUGGGCCAAUUAUUCCUUUUGAAGGAGACUCUUCGGAAGGAAAUGGAUCCUUGGCUAAACGAUGUCGACAACCAUGACCUGGUGCGUGCGGGACUGGUCACGCAGGCUGCAGCCAAAGUGAACAAGAAGCCACUGCGUCUCUCAACAAUUGACAACUAUCAAGGAGAAGAAUGCGAUAUCGUCAUCGUCUCGCUAACCCGCAGCAACGCAUCGGGAGACAUUGGAUUUCUGUACGCUCGCGAACGACUUGUCGUACUUCUAUCACGAGCCAGAAACGGCAUGAUUCUCUUUGGAAACAUGGAGACAUUCAUGAAGAGCAAGAAGGGCGGUAAAAUGUGGGCGCAGUAUUUCGAUGCGCUAAAGAUGAAUAAUUCUAUAUUCGAUGGAGUACCUAUCCAUUGCGAGCGCCACCCUGAGACGUCCAUGUUGUUGAAGCUGCCUGAAGACUUUGAUAAGAAGUGUCCCGAUGGAGGAUGCGCCGAACCCUGUAAUGCCCCGUUGAGCUGCGGCAAGCACAAAUGCCAGCGACGCUGCCAUAGAGUGCAAGACCACUCAAAGAUCCUAUGCGUUGCCAAAGUUGACAGAAAGUGCGAUAAAGGCCAUACGACGAAGGCCCCAUGUGGAAAUAAGACCAAAGUCUGCGCGACCUGCAUCAAAGAGGAGGAAGAAAACCAGCGACGUAUCAAACGUAACCUUGAACUCGAACGACAGCGCCAGGAGGAUGAUGAGAGGCGUAUCAGACGUGAUCUCGAAUUGGAACGGAAACGCCAAAAGCUCCAAGACAAUUAUCGCCUGCAGUUACAGCAGAUUGAAGAUGAGAUUGACCAUCGCCGUCGAACUAUGAAGUACGAGUCUGAAGAGAAAAAGCAUGCGGACGAGCUCAAACAGAAGAAGGAGGAGCUUGAGUCUCUUCGACAAGCAGAAAGCAAUAAGAAGAAGAUGAAGGCAACCCAGAAAAGCAGUCCACCGCCUCAGGCUGCUCCUCAGUUCGAUGCUAUCUCCAGUGCAGCCAAAGAGUGGAAGAACAUGAAAGAGGUCGAAGGUGCACGCAACGCUGCCCUGGAUAAGCUGAUGGGAAUGAUCGGUCUGGAAUCUGUCAAAGACCAGAUACUGUCGAUCAAGUCCACGGUCGACACCAAGAUACGUCAAGGGUUCUCUAUUGGGGAUGAGAGAUGGAGUUGCUCGCUACUUGGCAAUCCAGGCACAGGCAAGACGACAGUCGCCAGAAUAUAUGCCGAAUUCCUCACAACGGUCGGUGCAAUUGCAGGAAGUUGCUUCAAGGAAGUCACUGGCUCUAAGCUCGCCAACAUGGGAGUCACUGGCUGUGAGAAGCUCAUUGAGGAUGUCAACAACAACGGUGGCGGCUGUGUGUUCAUAGACGAAGCAUACCAGCUGUCAUCUGGCAACAGCCCUGGCGGCAAGGCUGUACUAGACUAUCUCCUGGCAGAGGUUGAGAACCUGAGAGGAAAAGUUGUUUUUGUCUUGGCAGGAUACAGUAAGGAGAUGGAGUCAUUCUUCUCUCACAAUCCCGGCAUUCCCAGUCGAUUUCCUAUUGAGAUGAAGUUCGAGGACUACACAGAUAAAGAACUUCUCCAGAUUCUCCAGCUACAGAUCCAUCGCAAGUUCGAUGGUAGAAUGGCUGUAGAGCAAGGAAGCGAUGGACUAUUCUGCCGUAUCGUCUCUCGUCGAAUUGGGCAUGGUCGUGGGAGGAAUGGAUUCGGCAACGCACGCGCAGUGGAAAACUAUCUUCAGAGGAUAAGUCAAAGACAAGCUACGCGCCUUCGAAGACAACGGAGGGCAGGUAAAAAGCCGAACGAUUUGCUCCUCACUCAAGAAGACAUCAUCGGACCAGAGCCUUCCCAGGCUUUGCUGAAUAGCAAGGCUUAUCGAGAGCUUAAAUCCCUGAUUGGACUGCAAGAAGUCAAGGAUGCUCUUGGCGUUCUCAUGGAUACCCUGAAGACAAAUUAUGAACGAGAACUUGCGGAGCAGCCUCUAGUUGAGUUUUCGCUGAAUAAGGUAUUCUUGGGAUCGCCUGGAACUGGAAAGACUACUGUCGCAAAGCUCUACGGAGAGAUACUCAAGGAUCUAGGCUUGCUAUCGAAUGGAGAGCUUAUCGUCAAGAACCCAGCUGAUUUUGUUGGGGCUGUCAUUGGUGGUUCAGAGGCUCAGACCAAAGGAAUCCUUGCUUCCACCGUUGGAAAAGUUCUUCUAAUCGAUGAAGCAUAUGGACUCUAUGGAGGAGGUCCAAAUGCCUCUCAUAUGAAUCAAUUUAAGACUGCUGUCAUUGACACUAUCGUUGCAGAGGUUCAAAGUGUGCCUGGCGAAGACCGGUGUGUACUCCUGCUCGGUUACAGAGAGAAGAUGGAGGAGCUGUUUCAAAACGUCAACCCGGGUCUCAGUCGACGGUUUCCUUUAUCAUCUGCCUUUGUAUUUGAAGAUUUCGAUGACGUCGCUCUGGCAAAGAUCCUCGAUCUCAAGCUAGGCAAGCUGGGGUUCAAAGCGACCACCAAGGCCAAGUGUGUCGCACUGGAUGUCCUACGACGUGCGAGGAACAGCCCGAAUUUCGGAAAUGCUGGUGAAAUUGACAUUCUCCUCGGAAGAGCCAUGACCAGCCACCAGAAGCGCGUUUCAUCUGGGCAGGUCAAGAAGCAUGGAACCUUGGAGCCGAUUGACUUUGAUGAGGAGUUUGACCGAGCUGAAAACGGAGGUACCGAUGUCAAGAAACUCUUCGAGGGUGACAUUGGGCGUGAUCAUCUGGUGACCAUCCUUCAAGGCUAUCAAAACCGUGUUCGUCAGGCCAAGCAGUUGGAAAUCGACCCUGAAAUCCCUUUCAACUUCAUGUUCCGCGGCCCCCCCGGAACAGGAAAGACUACAGCCGCCCGGAAGAUGGGCCAGGUGUACUAUGACCUGGGAUUCUUGGCUAGCACGGAAGUCAUCGAGGCUUCUACUACCGAUAUGAUCGCCCAAUAUGUUGGACAAACGGGACCAAAGGUACAGUCGCUUUUGGACAGAGCAUUGGGAAAAGUCCUUUUCAUCGAUGAAGCUUAUCGACUGGCUUCCGAAAGUUCGUUUGCCAGAGAAGCUGUUGAUGAGCUUGUGGAUUGCGUCACGAAGCCAAGAUAUCAGGGAAAGCUUAUCAUUAUCCUGGCUGGCUACGUGCAGGACAUCAACACUCUACUGAGCAUCAACCCAGGAAUGUCCAGUCGCUUCCCGGAAAGCAUUGACUUCGACCCCCUCACCCCUGCUAGUUGUAUUCAACUGAUGACCAUUCAAUUGCAAGCCAACAAAAUCCAGCUCGAUGGCAAGAUAGCACUGGACCUGUCAUGCUUGGAGCAGCCUGAGAAGGCAUUCUUGGAUGAAAUAACCAGCAAGUUCAACAAACUGUCUAAGCAGGACAGUUGGGCAAAUGCAAGAGAUGUGAAAGAACUUGCCAAGAAGAUCUUUUACAAGUUCGAUCUGUCUUCCGAAAGUCUCACACUUACCGAAGAACACAUUCGCAGCACCUUGGAUGAGAUGAUGGUGGAGCGCCGUGGAAGAAUGACGGACAAGAAGCCGACUGUUGCGACCAAGACUGCCAAAGCGUUCACAAGAGCACCCAAGUUCACACCGCCCCCGACGACAACCGACACCACCACGACUGCUAAAGUAAACGAGGAUGAGAACAAGGACGAUGAACUCUCCAAUGACAACAGUGAUGAGGGAAUCCGAGACGCGGGAGUGAGCGAUGAAGUCUGGGAGCAACUCCAAAAGGACAAAGAGAGAGAGGCCCAAGAGAAAGAAGAAUUGCGCCGUCUCAAAAAGGCUCAGCAGGAUGCAAGUGAGGCUGACAGGGAGAAGCUUGUUCGUCGGAUUCUGGCUGAGGAGGAAAAACGGAAGCAGAUUGAGGCAAGAAAGGCAAAGUUAAUGACGAUGGGAGUCUGUCCGGUUGGAUAUCAGUGGAUUAAGCAGAGUGGUGGGUAUAGAUGUGCGGGAGGGUCGCAUUGGAUGUCGGAUGGAGAUGUUGAUAAUUUGUAG